AUGUGUGGCAUCUCUGUAGCAGUUGCAUUGCCUCGCAUUGAGGUACCUCUCAAUGCAUCGAACGGACCUACCUACGGUAACCCUAGCCCUGGAAAUCUCAGAACUAGGCUAGGCGAAAGUCUCUCCAAGAUCUCACAUCGAGGCCCGGAUGCUAAAGGAAUUUGGGUUUCAGCUGAUCAGCGCAUUGGCCUCGGCCACUGCCGCCUUAGUAUAAACGACCUCACCCCCUCGGGUGCCCAACCAUUGCACAGCCGGUGCGGAACGGUCCACGCCGUGGUCAACGGCGAGAUUUACGACUUUGAUCGCCUGCGGGGUGAAGUCACCCGCGAGCAUGGAUAUCAAUUCCGGGGCCACAGCGACAGUGAAGUUCUUGUCGCCCUGUACUUGGUAUAUGGCUCACCGGGGUUUUUGGAGCAUCUCCGUGGUGAGUUUGCAUUCGUUCUGUAUGACGAGGCACAUAAGAAGGUCAUCGCGGUCCGGGACCGGUUUGGCGUUAAACCGCUCUUUUGGACAAUUGUUGGUGGGGCUGAAGAAAACACCAGGACACUAUUAUUUGCUUCCGAGGCCAAGGCAUUUUUGCCCCUCGGCUGGAAGCCUGAGUGGGAUGUAACCUCCAUUAUCGAGGGUGGGUGGCUACAAGAUGACAGAACCUUGUUCAAAGGUGUAGUCAGUUUGGCUCCGGGGACGUGGAUGGAAAUUAACGCCACCGAUGGGAAUAUCACUACCCAUGAAUAUUGGGAUGUAAUGUUUGAAAACAAACAUAAAGUUGAGAAGAGAACAGUGGACGAAAUGGUCGAAGGCCUUCGCGAGCACAUGCUUGACGCCAUCCGCCUUCGUCUUCGCGCCGACGUGCCUGUCGGAAUUUACCUUUCCGGUGGUAUAGAUUCCUCGGUUAUAGCAGGCAUGGUGAUGCAUCUUAUGCGUAAGGAGCAUGUAUCCGUCGGGGAUGUUCCCUCCGCCUUGUUUGAAAAAGUGAAGUGCUUUUGUAUCCGCUUUCCGACUGACGCUGGGUUCGACGAGUCGCCCAUAGCGGCCCGCACGGCCGCGUUCCUCGGCGUGAGCAUGCAAAUGGCAGAUAUGGAAGAGGCCACGCUGGCCACGUGCUUUGCCGAUGCCGCCUAUCACUCGGAGCACCACCAUUUCGACCUCAACACAGUGGCCAAGUUUGCCCUGUCGGAACUCCCUCGCAUCCACGGCGUCAAGGUCGUCCUAACUGGGGAGGGUGCCGACGAGCAUUUUGCGGGCUAUCCAUUCUUUCCUCCGGAGCUCCUGCGCGAGCCCGACCUCUCCAUGCUGGAUCAACCACUCAGCAAAGAGGACGCCACCGAGGCCCGAGAAGUGUUGCUGCGCUCGGCCGAAGACGAGAUGCGCAUGCUCUUCCCGCUAGGCGGCGGUUUCGACCAUGGCCUUCGCGGCGACGACGGGAGCAGGGCCGCGAUGGCAACGCAUGGGUCCAUCUUCACCGGCGCGACUUUGGCGUGGCACCCGACGAAGGAAUUGUUUGCCCCGUGGGCGCGCAACCGUCACGCAUCGCUCGACUGCCGUGAAAUCGUGGUGGAUUCCUGGCCCGACGGUGGACGGGAGGCCAUAUCGCGGGGCGAAUGGCACCCCCUGCACGCGGCGCAAUAUAUUUACAUCAAGGGGCCCAUGAGCAAUAUGAUUUUGUCCUGCCUGGGCGACCGGGUCGAGAUGGCGCACGGCAUCGAGGGGCGCACCCCGUUCCUGGACCACCACCUGACCGAGUACGUGAACCGGCUACCGCCAUCUGUCAAGAUGCAUUACGAAGGGCCGCCCAGGACCGACGGGGCAGACCAGAACGGGACGGGAGAUAGCUUUUGGUGGCAAAAAGAUAUGAAGACCACCCGAGAUUUGCUGUCGGAAAAGUGGAUUCUCAGGCAAGCCGCCAAGCCCUUUAUCACGCAGGAGUUGUAUAACCGGAAAAAGCACGCCUUUUCUGCACCAUUGAAUUGGCCACGAGACGGACCCAUUUGCAGGAUGCUGGAGGGUCUGCUCACUGAAAGGGCGGUAACUGCGUUGGGGUUUGUGGAUUGGAAAGUCGUCAAAGAGUGUCUGCGUACUGCGUUUGUGGAUCCGGGUUCCUUAUCCAGGCCAGAUCCCAAGGCUUUUAGAAUGUUACUCUUUGUGGCAGCUUGGAUAGUGCUGGCAGAGAGGCUGGGCAUUCCACAGGCAGACUCCACGAUGGUUUAA